AUGCGUGUCAGCAUCCUCUCGCCUUCAGGCUCUCAUUGCAAUGAAAUCCUAACCACUCCAUCUCUCUCUUUUGAACAGAAGCUCCUGAUCGGGGUAGCAGCCGUCUUGUGCCUGGCCAGCUCGGCCUAUGCCUUGACCGAGGAGGAGGUGCUCCAGAAGUCACCCGAGAAGGCCAGGUUGUUCGUGGCGAGCUAUGUUACUUCUACAUUUACAGCCAUAAGCACUUUCACGACAGUCGAGCCCUUCCAGUGCUUUUUCACAUCCGCCAACAUCCAGGCUUGCACCGGCCGUAAACUUCGACGCAUGCGCAAACUCUCCGUCGACAUCGAUAAUUCGAGCGAUAGCGGCCUCGCUCCGAGCGAGGGCGGCGUCAGCGUCAUGCAGUCCGAGGAAAAGGACAGUCCGGCCGAAAAGUUCUUCUUCACGGUGUGGCAAACCAACACGUCCACGGCCACGGUGACCACCACCUCAAUCAACUCCUCCAUCACUAUCUCGGCCUCCGCCUACUGCACCUUCUCCGGAUUCACGGGCCCGCUCUGCUAGCUCCUUGCGGGACGCGCCGGGUCCCUUCUGACACAGGAUCAGCCGCCGAGUCUGAAUUAUUUCGACCCUCAAAGCCUGGGGACGAACAGGACCUUGAACAAAUUCUGCCAGUUCUGUACUUCCUAACAUAAAUCUGAACAAAUGUAAAUGUUUUGUAAAAUAGUGUAUAUAUAUAAUAUAUUUGACCCCUAUAUUAAAAUGAUUCGAGAGUA